AUGCAGUGCAGAAAUUACAUUGCAGAGCUACUUUUCAUAUUGUUAACCCUUCUAAUAAAUCUAAGAGAAGUAAUUGGUGGUAACUUGUUUAAUAGUUCUUCAGUAACAAUUAAUGUAGUUGAAGGUAGGAAUUCAACAAUAGAAGUAAACCUAAAAAAUCCAGUAGACCACUCAGUACAACCGAAAGUUACUAUUGAAGAUCGCUUAUUUCUACCGCAUAUACUUAAACAACAAAGAUCUUUAGAUGAUGAAAAAGUGUCCACAUUUUCAUCUACUGGAAGACUAAUUGUGAAGUACAAGGAAAAGGUCUUAAGUCGUGCUGUAAAGGAGUUUAAUAUUAUUGGUAUAAUGUCAAAAAAUGGUCAAUAUCCCAGAAAUGAAGGUGUUCAGUUUUUAUCUAAAGUUUUAUCAAAGAUAUCUGAAACUGCUGAAGAGUUGGUAGGUAUAAAGUCUGCAACUGUUCUAGACGCUUUGGAUAUGAUGAUUGUGGAAGUUCUGAAUACUUCCAGAACACCAGACUAUAUAACAAAACUUUCAAAUAGUUUUUUAUAUAGUGAUGAAGUUGAGUAUGUUGAGGUAGAUCAGGAAGUAUCACUUUCAGAUCACUUUUCUACAGAUGUGAAGGGAAGUUUGCCAAAUGAUCCAAAAUUUAGUGAACAAUGGGGAAUGCACAACAAACUAACAAAUAUUGAUGCAAGAGUAUUAUUGGCUUGGGAACAUCUAGGAAUAAAUUCUGCAAAUGGUAAGUAUAGUACUUAUAAUGAUAUUGAAGGAAGAUCAAGGCGUGAUGUGAUAGUUGCUGUGAUUGAUACAGGUGUUGAUUUCUCUCAUCCUGAUUUAGUAGAUAAUAUGUGGAUAAAUCAAAAGGAAUAUUAUGGUCGUCCUGGAGUUGAUGAUGAUAUGAAUGGUUAUGUAGAUGAUAUAUAUGGUUAUGAUUUUGCUAAUAAUAAAGGAACACCAAUUGAUGAUGAAGGUCACGGAACUCAUUGUGCUGGUACAAUAGCUGCAAAAGGAAAUAACUCUGAAGGUAUAUCUGGAAUUAAUUGGAAUGGAGUUAAAAUAAUGGCACUCAAAUUUUUGCGUGGAAGUGGUAUUGGUUUUUUAAGCGAUAGUGUGAAGGCAAUAAAUUAUGCAAUAAAGAUGGGUGCCCAUAUUUUAUCAAACAGUUGGGGGGGAGGAACUUUUUCCCAAGCAACAUAUGAUGCAAUUAGAAGGAGUAUUGAUAAGAAUAUGCUUUUUAUUGUAGCUGCCGGGAAUGAUCAUAAUAAUAAUGAUGUUAGACCUACAUAUCCAGCUGCAUACCAACUUCCAAAUGUGAUAUCGGUUGCUGCAAUAGACUAUAAUGGACGUUUGGGAAUAUUCUCAAAUUAUGGACAUAGAAGCGUAGAUUUAGCAGCUCCUGGAGUUGACAUAUUAUCGACAAGUGCUCACAAAGGAUAUAAAAAAUUGUCUGGAACAUCUAUGGCCUGUCCAUAUGUAUCUGGUGCUGCUGCAAUGCUUUACUACUUUGAUCCUACUAUAACUUUUGAUUCUGUAAAAUCAAUAUUACUUAAAUCUGUUACACCAUUAUCUAGUCUUAGAAAUUCAGUCCGAGCUUCCGGAAUAUUAAACCUUUACAAAGCCAUAAAAAUGAUGCAAAAUAAGAAAUCAUACAUUGAAGAGAAUCCACGUGAAGUAAAUAGUGGUGGUACUCCAGAACAUACAUGGAUUGUAUUCAAGAUACCUAAUACAAUUGGACCCAAAGGUUCAUCAUCACUUCAAAUAACAGGUAUUGGAGAGAAAUCUGGUGUAUAUACAGCUUCACUUUCAGUUUCUUUAUUAGACUCUAAUAAUAAGAAUAAAAUUAUAACUAGUGAUCGAUUAAAAGCUAUAAUUAAUGUAAUAAAUGUUCCCAAGCCUCAUGUAUCUCUUCCAAAUGGGAAUACUACAAAUUUAGGCCUAUCCUUUAUAGGACUGGAGGGCUUAAGACACAAAAUACCUAUUAGUAAUAUUGGUGUUGGCACACUUGAAUAUAUGGCUGAGCUUACAACAGUUGAUUCAGGGGAUUCUAGAAAAAAAAAAGGUGAAUUUCGGGUAUAUCCACCUCUUGGUACAAUUCUUUAUGCUAAAGAAGGUACCACAAAUAGUGAUUUAGAAGUUUCCUGCAUACCUAAUACUCACCAAGGAAUUAUCAGUGGAUAUCUUAUUAUUCGCUAUAAUAGUGGCCUUAAUGAAUCUAUGGUGAAUAAAAAUGCAAAAUUUCCCAAUAUUCGAGGAAAUUGGUCACUUAAUGAAGCUUUGGCUACAUUUUCUGAUGUUACUUUUCAAAGAUUUGGUACUGAAAGAAUUUUUUCUUUAAGUACAGAGCGUAUAGCAAUAAAACUAUAUUGUAAGGGGUAUGGUAUUCAAGUUCAGCCUUCAUCAAUUAUAAAAUUUAUUAGAUAUACGAAUGCAUCAGCACAAGGUACAUUUUUAUUCAAAAGUUUGGAAAACUCAUUAAAACCCCCACUUAUACUAAGAUUUAUUCCAAAUAUAGAAGAUUUAGAUACAGAUGAUGAAAUUUCUGAUGAAUCGGAAAUAAAAGAAAAAAUUACUCCGGAAAUAUCCUUUUUCAGUAUUGCAAGUGGUGAAUUACCACAAAAGAAACGUAUAUUUUAUAGAUUAAAUCCUUCUAAGAAUAUUAAUAAUGGAUAUUAUGUAAAUUCAAUAAGUUUAGAUGAGACAUUGAUUCAAAAUCCAAAUAUACAAUUUAUUUGGUAUACAAAACCCCUCAAAGAUACAAAAAAUACAUCUAUUCAAGAAUUAACAAAUCUCCGUAAUUCAGAUGAUGGAAUACAAAAGGUGAAACUUCCUAGACCCUGGUCUUUACUGGGAAAAACUGUUACCGAGAUGUAUGUAUCAGUUAACGGAUUUAUAUCUUUUUCUCAUAUAUUUAGUGAAGCUUUCGUACCUGCGUUACCAUCUUAUGCUCCUCCGCAUGGAAUCCUUGCACCUCUAUGGUCUGAUUUAACUACUGUUGGAAAACCAAGUAGUCAAAUAUAUGUUAGCUUUGUAGAACCUGAUAUAAUGGUUAAAGAUAAUAAAGAGGAUUUUUCCAAAGGUUGGAAAUUAGUUGUUGAUUGGGAUGUUGAUAUGAAGAUGGAUCCAUUACCAAAUAAACCAGCUAGAUUCCAGUGCAUUAUAUAUGAAAAUGGCCAUGUAAAGUACAAUUAUUUAAAAUUACCAUGGAAUAAUGAUAUUUAUAAUGGAAAAAAUUCUGUUGUAUCCACUCAAUAUAAACCACCAGGUUAUACAGGGAGAAUACCUAAUGCAAUGGUUGGCUGGGAAGGCCCUGUUGACGCUCGAGGUGUUGGUAUUCCAUGCACAAAUAAAUUCCCCUUACCACACUCAACACUAGAGCUCAAACCAAGAAAUCCCAGAUUACCAUGGUUUGAGAUGAGUGAUGAAAUAGUCCCUCCUCUUCAGACAAUGCAAUCUAAUUUUGAAGUCAAGUGGAGAACUAUAACACCUUUAAAUAAAAAAUCUGGAAGUUAUCAGGGAAAAGUACAUGUCACUGCAUCAGAUGGAGCAGACUCCUUCAUUCCAAUCAGAAUCUCUAUAGUGAAUAAUAGUACUAAAGAAGAAGUGACUAGUGUAGAUAAUUCAACCGAUGAGCUUUCAAUACAAGGGGAUAGUUUAGCAACUCAUGAAGACUCUCCUAGUUGGUAA